AUGGCAGCCACCAACUUUAGCAGCAAAGUCAUUGAUCCUAGCAGUCUUGCCAAUCUCUCAGAAGUGCUCACUCAACAUGUUCAUUUCGACUGGACCAUCUCCUUCAUUGAAAAGAAGAUCUAUGGUCACGUUCUUUUGGAUUUGAUCACCUUGGUACCUAACGUAUCCAAGGUUGUUUUGGAUACCAGUUACCUUGAUUUGAAGGACGUUUCAUUGAAUGGAAAAUCUCUCAAGUACACUGUUGCUGAACGCCAUUUGAGUCUUGGUUCUGCCUUGACCAUUGAGCUCCCCGAGACAUUGGCUCAAGUAGGCACCAAAUUCCAAAUCAAGAUUGAGUACUCUACUACUGACAAGUGUACCGCUGUUCAAUACUUGGAGCCAGAACAGACUGUUGGCAAGAAGCAUCCUUACUUGUUCUCUCAAUGCCAAGCUAUCCAUGCCAGAGCUUUUGCUCCUCUUCAAGACUCACCAUCUGUCAAAUUGACCUAUUCUGCCUCCGUUACAUCUCCUUUGCCUGUGGUCAUGUCUGCUCUUUUGUCAUCCACUGACGACAACAAUGACGGUACCAAGACCUACAACUUUAAGCAGAACACUACUAUUCCUUCCUACUUGAUUGCCAUUGCUGCUGGUAACUUGGCUGGUCGUGAAAUCGGUCCCCGUUCCACAGUUUGGUGCGAACCUGAAGUUGUUGAGCAAGCUGCUUGGGAAUUCGAUGAUACUGAAAGAUUCAUUGCUACUGGCGAAAGCCUUUUGACUCCUUAUGAAUGGGGACGCUAUGAUCUCUUGGUCUUGCCUCCUUCUUUCCCUUACGGUGGCAUGGAGAAUCCCUGCUUGACUUUUGUUACACCCACUCUCUUGGCUGGCGACAAGAGUGCUGUUGAUGUCGUUGCUCAUGAAAUUGCUCACAGCUGGAUGGGUAACUUGGUCACCACAUCGAACUGGGAACAUUUCUGGUUGAAUGAAGGCUGGACCGUGUUCAUCGAGCGUAAAAUUGCUGCUCGUCUCCACGGCGAGCCUGAAAGACAAUUCAGUUCCAUCAUUGGUUGGAAGGCAUUGAAGGAGAGCGUCGAGCUCUUUGGUGAGGAUUCCCCUGCUACCGUCUUGAAGCCUGAUUUGAGUAGUGGCAUUGACCCCGAUGACUAUUUCAGUUCUAUUCCUUAUGAAAAGGGUUUCAAUUUGCUUUAUCACAUUGAAAAGACUGUUGGUGGCCCUGCCAUCUUUGAACCUUACAUGAAGGCUCACGUUGAACGUUUUGCCUCCAAGUCUAUUACCACCGAUGAUUGGUUAGCUCACAUUCACGAAUACAUGGAAAAGAACCAUGGUCAAGAAGUGCUCGAUAAAUUGAAGUCUAUUGAUUUCAACCUCUGGAUCAACGGCGCUGGUAUGCCUCCUGUUGACCCCAACUUUGACACUAGCCUCGCUGAUGCUUGUUAUAAUCUUGCUGCUCGUUGGGAUGCUGCCCGCGACAAGGAAGAUCUUUCUGAAUUUUCUACCAAGGAUGUUGAAAGCUUCACCUCCACUCAAAAGAUCGUCUUCUUGGAGCGCUUGACUGAUUGCAAACCAUUACCCCACAACUUGCUUAGCAAGAUGGACGAACUCUAUGAAAUGAGCCCUAUCCGUAACGCUGAUAUCCGUUUCCGUUGGGAGCAACUCUGUGUCAUGGCUAGCUACGAAAAGAUCUACCCUAGUGUUGUCGAGUUCAUCACUGAGCAAGGUCGCAUGAAGUUUGUUCGCCCUCUUUACCGUUAUCUCUACACUGCCAAAAAUGGUGCUGAAUUAGCUCAACAAACCUUCUUGAAACACAAGCACUUUUACCAUCCUAUUGCUGCUCAACUCAUUGCAAAGGAUAUCAACUUGAAGCAAUAG